GCCCCAGCGCGUGUUCUUUUCGUGCCUUCACUUCAGAUUCAGAACUCAGAAAAAGGCAACGCUUCCCUCUUCGCCAGCUUGCAUCUAGCGUCAGAAUCCAGCACGCAGAUCCGACCUACGCCCUCCCAUUUUGAAUCUUGGAUCUUCAACGAACAAAGAUGCGCGAGAUUGUCCACCUCCAGACCGGCCAGUGUGGUAACCAGAUUGGUGCCAAAUUUUGGGAAGUCAUCUCAGACGAGCACGGUAUCGACCCUACCGGUACCUAUCACGGCGAUUCCGACCUCCAGCUCGAGCGCAUCAACGUUUACUUCAAUGAAGCGACGGGAGGAAAGUACGUGCCUCGUGCCGUGCUGGUUGAUUUAGAACCCGGUACUAUGGACUCCGUUCGGGCUGGGCCGUUUGGUCAACUCUUCCGUCCCGACAACUUCGUCUUUGGCCAGUCUGGAGCCGGUAACAACUGGGCCAAGGGACAUUACACUGAAGGCGCCGAGCUAGUGGACUCUGUCCUCGACGUAGUCCGCAAGGAAGCCGAAUCUUGCGAUUGUCUUCAAGGUUUCCAGAUCACCCAUUCCCUCGGCGGAGGCACGGGAGCUGGUAUGGGUACCUUGUUGAUUUCUAAAAUCCGUGAGGAGUAUCCCGAUCGUAUGAUGUGCACAUUCUCCGUUGUGCCUUCUCCCAAGGUCUCCGACACCGUCGUUGAGCCUUACAAUGCCACACUUUCGGUGCAUCAAUUGGUGGAGAAUUCCGAUGAGACUUUCUGCAUCGACAACGAGGCUUUGUACGACAUUUGCUUUCGUACCCUCAAAUUGACGACCCCUACCUACGGAGAUCUCAACCAUCUCGUGUCGGCCGUUAUGAGCGGUAUCACUACCUGCUUGCGUUUCCCUGGUCAAUUGAACGCCGAUCUCCGCAAACUGGCCGUCAACAUGGUUCCCUUCCCCCGUCUGCACUUCUUCAUGGUCGGCUUCGCUCCGCUGACAUCACGAGGAUCCCAGCAGUACCGUGCGCUCACCGUUCCGGAGCUCACUCAGCAAAUGUUCGAUGCAAAAAACAUGAUGGCGGCUUCUGAUCCCCGUCACGGUCGCUACCUCACAGUUGCGGCAAUGUUCCGUGGACGCAUGUCUAUGAAGGAAGUCGACGAGCAGAUGCUGAAUGUGCAGAACAAGAACUCCAGCUACUUUGUGGAGUGGAUCCCGAACAACGUCAAGACUGCGGUUUGUGACAUCCCUCCCAAGGGCUUGAAGAUGGCAGUCACGUUCGUCGGCAACUCUACGGCGAUCCAAGAGCUGUUCAAGCGGAUUUCCGAUCAGUUCACGGCCAUGUUCCGUCGGAAAGCCUUCUUGCACUGGUACACGGGCGAAGGGAUGGACGAGAUGGAGUUCACCGAGGCCGAGUCCAACAUGAACGAUCUUGUGUCGGAGUACCAACAGUACCAAGACGCGACGGCAGAAGAAGAAGGCGAAUUCGAUGAAGAGGAGGGAGAGGCGGAGGCAGAAGCGUGAGUUUGAGGAGAAAGUCGCGCAACCGUCGCGUGACUGUAUCGAUCUCCCGUAUUCUGGCUUUUGAGACUUGUUGUUUGUGAUGGAUGCCGGACGUUCUUUGGGACGUUUCUUCCCUUCUUUCGUAUUCGUGUUCGUUGUGAUGUUUUAUUUGUGUGCCGCGUUUCGAGGCGCGAACAGCCUUUCCGUCCUUAUUGGUAAACCAAAAACUGUAAUCUAAAAAACUUAUGGAAACGCUUCUUCCGACGUUGAUGGGGGCUCAAGCUGGUAUCUAACGAUGGGUUUCUUUUGAAGAUCUUCUCUAUCGAUCGGAGAAGAGGGUGCCCGGUGCUGAGGACAGAAGGUUUCUGCUUUUCCAUCGGGUUGACCGGUUCGUUGAAAGAUUGUGAC